AGACUAAUAAAAUAAGCAAGAAAAGAAUUCAAGAGUCCCAUUUUCAUGAUUUUACAGCACUUUGUAUUCUUCAACUCUCUCUCCCUCUCUCUCUCUCUCUCUCCAUUUUUAUAUUACAUCUGAAGAAAAACUAGAGCUAUGAUGUAAAACCCAAGAAGGGUUUUGUUUUGUGUUGUGUAGAUUGUGAGGAAGGGAAAUAAUAAUAUAGAAAUAUGUUGUUUUCACCACAACCUUCUGUUGUUGUUGUUGGUUGCCACAGUGAUUUGGACGUGAAAGCGCCCAUCUUUUCAUGUCUAUCGACACUGAUAGUUGAUAGAUCACUUGGCUUGUUCGUGUCCUCUUUUGACCCUCUGUUUCUUUCUUCCCCUGUUUCUUCGUCUUUGUCAAGCACUGCAUUAGACUUGAAUUAGAACUUAUUCUAACCAAAGAGGGAGUGAGAGAGAGAGACAGAGAGAGAGAUGUCUGUUGGAGGUGAACUAGCAAGGAAGAAGGCAAUGUGGCUGUACCCAAAGGUUUUGGGUUUUAAUCCUUCUGAAAGAUGGGGGCACUCUGCUUGCUAUUCUAAUGGAGCUGUUUAUGCAUUUGGGGGAUGUUGUGGGGGAUUGCAUUUUAGUGAUGUCCUAGUGCUAAACCUCGAUUCAAUGGCAUGGAGCACUCUUGCAACUGUGGGUCAUGGGCCAGGCCCGAGAGAUAGUCACAGUGCUGUGAUCGUGGGGCAUCGGAUGAUAGUUUUUGGGGGUACAAAUGGUUCUAGGAAGGUAAAUGAUCUCCAUGUGCUGGACCUUGGCUCAAAGGAAUGGACCCAACCCGAAUGCCGAGGGUCUCCACCUUCUCCUCGUGAAAGUCACACUGCCACACUUAUUGGUGAUGAGAAACUGGUCAUAUUUGGGGGGAGCGGUGAAGGGGAAGGAAAUUACUUGAAUGAUUUUCAUAUUCUUGACUUAAAGACAAUGCAAUGGACUUCUCCUGAAGUGAAGGGAAAUGUUCCUGUCCCCAGGGAUAGUCACAGUGCUGUUGCAAUAGGGGACAAGCUCUUCGUUUAUGGUGGGGACUGUGGCGAUCGCUAUCAUGGCAAUGUUGAUAUGUUUGAUAUGGACACGCUAACCUGGUCAAGGUUGGCAGUUCAAGGAUCAUCACCUGGUGUUAGAGCAGGUCAUGCAGCUGUUAGUAUUGGGACAAAGGUCUAUAUCAUUGGAGGUGUCGGUGACAAGCACUAUUACAACGAUAUUUGGGUUCUUGACAUAAGUUCUUGUUCAUGGACUCAGCUCGAGAUACGUGGCCAGCAACCACAAGGACGGUUUUCUCAUACAGCCAUUGUUGCUGAUUCAGACAUAGUCAUUUAUGGAGGUUGCGGGGAGGAUGAGCGUCCUCUCAAUGAAUUACUUGUUCUGCAGCUUGGAGCCGAGCAUCCCAAUGGCCGGUACAACAUUUCCUUAUGCAAAAUAUUUGGAAACCAUUUGAACCAUGGGAAGAGAAGAUUGUCAGCAGAAUCAGAAAAUUGCUCGAAAAUCAUGGUUUUGGGGAGGAAUGGAGCAUCAAGAAAGGGAGCUCAUGACCCAGAAUUAGAGUUGAAACACUCCUUUCGAUUCAGUUCAGAUACAUUGCAUCCUAAGAGGAGAAGAACCAGUAAUUCAAAGGUAUGGGAGGUUGACUCUGAACAAGAAGAGCAUUCACUUUCCCUUUCCCAGAAUUCAUCUCCAUCCCAAUCUGAUCAAGAACAAACACCAGUGCCGAAAGCCAUAGAUUCUGUCUCGGCUUCUCAUGGAUUUCCUUUGUUUAAGCAGCAACGUCAGAUCCCAAUCAAUUGUCAGUCUAAGAACACGACAAAUAGCCAAACAAAUCAUGGAAUUGUCCGAAGAACAUCGCAGGAUUUCCAAUCAUUGGGAGAACAUCCCAAAAAGCUGAAUCCAGAUCAAUUUCUUCAUGUUUCUCAAGCAGAUGGACAAGAAUCUCAACACCCGGCAAGCAAAGUCCCCAUUCAAAACCUCAUUGGAGCUGAGAUUCGAGGAAAGGUUGAUGGAGUUUUUGACUCGGGUUACCUGAUGACUGCAAUGGUUAAUGGCAAACUAUUCAGAGGAGUCUUAUUUGCACCCGGACCUGGGAUUGUCCUGAGAGGGGCUGCUCCUGCCCAAAACAUAUCUUCCCCAACCAAUGCACAACCAUUCCCAAAAUUGAACAACGGGUGUCCAACAAUUCUCAGGCCUUCUCAGCAGCAGGUCCCACUGUCUGUGGCAGAGUCCAGCCAUAGCUUCCGGCGAGCUCAAGUCACGCAUUCAUCCCAAAUGGUUGGAGCCUCUCCAUCUUUAGACAGAGAAUCAAGUCUUGGAAGUGAUCUUCAAGGUGUGGUUCUAACUCUGGGAGGCCCUGGAAGCGGCCAAAACCAUAAAUAAACCAGAAUGGAUACCAGAAUCCGAUUCGAAGAUGGAAAUUUUACGCCACUUCCAUGUGACCCCAAACUGUAUAACCAUGGGUAGAAUGUUCCUCCCUUCUUCAGAGAUGUUUUCGAAAUUCAGGCUUCAGGAUUUAGGAAUACUUGUCUGAGGCCUGACUUCUGUACUUGUAGUAUGUAUAAGUUAGUCUAAUUGUGACACUUUCUUUUGUUUCUAAACCUCGUCUUAAAUUGAUGAACAACUUUUAGUUUUUAUGCAGACAGGAGGUUGUUCUAUCAGACUUUGUAUCAUUUUUUGUUUUUCCUGAACAAGUUGCAGAUGUUGAACUAUUCAGACUCUAGAGAAAAGUGACACUUUAAAAGGUUAAAUAAAAAGUGAAAAGUUUGUCUUUAACUUUCAAAAA